AUGCCUUCAUCUUCCACAACCACAGUUUCAAAAUGCAUUAUCUACCCAAACCAAAAAUCCUCCAUAAAACCCUUAAAACUCUCUGUCUCUGAUCUUCCCAUGCUCUCAUGCCACUACAUCCAAAAGGGAAUUCUACUUUCCGCACCCCCAUAUUCCUCUGAAAACCUAAUCCACACCCUCAAAAACUCUCUAUCCAUCACUCUCUCCCACUUCCCUCCCCUCGCCGGCCGACUCACCACCGACUCCGACGGUUACAUUUACAUCACCUCCAACGACGCCGGCGUCGAUUUCGUUCACGCAAAAGCCAAACACCUCACACUAAACACCGUCCUCUCACCUUCUCUCAUAGACGUCCAUCCCUGUUUCAAGGAGUUUUUCGCUUACGACUUACCGGUCUCUUACUCCGGCCAUAACACCCCCCUCGCCGCCAUCCAAGUCACCGAACUCGCCGACGGUGUUUUCAUCGGUUGCACGAUCAACCAUUCCGUAACCGACGGAACUUCCUUCUGGCACUUCUUCAACACAUUCGCCGCCGUCACAAAAUCCACUACCGCCGCUGUCAAGAUCUCUAAAUCACCUGAUUUCACCCGCGACACAGUCUUCAACUCCACCGCCGUCCUCCCUAUACCCACAGGCGGCCCCGCCGUCACUUUUGACGUCGACGAGCCCAUCCGUGAACGCGUCUUCCAUUUCUCUCGUGAAUCCAUUCUCAAACUCAAAAACAAAGCAAACAAUAACAGUAACGGUUUAACAGAUCCAACUGAAUUUAUUGGAAAGCAAGCAAACGACGGUUGGAAAAACGUUAACUCUAACGUUAACGGAACUCUUAACGGAAAAACAAACUACAGAAACGAGAUCUCGUCGUUUCAGUCGUUAAGUGCACAACUAUGGCGAUCAGUGACACGUGCGCGGAAACUAGAUUUAUCCAAAACGUCGACGUUUCGUAUGGCUGUGAAUUGUCGUCACAGGUUAAACCCAAAAAUGGACGCGUUUUAUUUCGGUAACGCGAUACAGAGCAUCCCAACUGUUGCUUCGGUGAAAGAUAUUAUAUCGAACGAUCUAAAAUUCUGCGCUGAGCUUCUACAUAAAAACGUCGUCGUAUACGAUGACGCUACGGUGCGCCGCGGAAUAGAGGAUUGGGAGAGUAAUCCUAGGUUGUUUCCGCUUGGGAAUUUCGAUGGAGCUAUGAUAACUAUGGGAAGUUCACCUCGUUUUCCUAUGUAUGAUAAUGAUUUUGGUUGGGGGAAGCCUUUAGCGAUUCGGAGUGGAAAGACGAAUAAAUUUGAUGGGAAAAUUUCUGCUUUUCCGGGGAGAGAUGAAAAUGGAAGUGUUGAUCUUGAAGUUGUUUUGGCACCUAAGACUAUGGCUGGACUUGAAAAUGACAUGGAGUUUAUGCAGUAUGUUACAGAAGUGUAG